CAGGCAUACUCCUGGCACUUGGUGUUUCAGCCCUGCAGCCGGUCCUGCCAAUUCCGGCUGAGCAAAGGCAAGAAGAGCGUGAAGGUGGAGAUGCUCUUUGGGGUGCGCCAAGGGGACUCUGACAUUUUUGUUGUCAGCCAGCCCACAGAGGCCCAGAAAGGCAGCUCCAGCAUCUCUGUGAGCAGCCAGCUUGUUGAGGCCAACUUCAUUGCACGCACAGUGUGGCCUGAGACAUACGCUGUGGCAGAGGUGAAAUUCUUCCGUCACAUUGCCAGGCAGGUGCCAUGUGAGAAUUUGCACCUGAAAUGCCUGCAGGUCUUCACCUGCAUCCUGAAGGGCACAGGUUUUUCCAGCUCUACCUGGAAGACCGUGGUCAUGCACGUGCUGACCAUUGUACCACUGUCCCGCUGGAGCAGGAGGGAAUUUGCGCAGAGGCUGUGGGACAUCAUGGCAUACCUGCACUGCUGCCUGCAGUUGAAACGCCUGGAGCACUUUGUGCUUGGCAGUGAGAGGCUUCCUGCAGAGAUCAGCUUGUCACCAGCACUGCAAGGGGUUGAGCCGCUCAACCUCUUUGAGCACCUGGCCCGAGAUCCAGCUGCCCACAGAGAGGCGAUGCAAGCUUAUGGUCAGCUGCGAUUUCGCCUCUGGAUGCUGCUCUCCAGCCACUGAGAGCAGUUCAUUGCACAGAGCUGUGCUGGGGGGGCUCACACCCGAUGGCAGCCACGUGAACACUGCACAGUUGUUGCAUUUGUCACUGGCAAUCCUGAAGCUGCUUUCCUGCUCCUGCGGAAGGAAGAUGCUGCAGCACAUGGAUUCCUUGUGCAGACUCACAUCUCUGAGUUGCCUUGCCCUUCACUUUCCAGCUACAAUGAUGCUGUUCCCUCAGUCUACAAGGCAAAAACUGGCUCCACCUACACAUCCCCAUAGAAGACAGUGAAGAGGUUGCUUGAAAUACCUCAAAGACAGAAACCUAGCCUGUUAGGGACUUGAUGUAGUUAUUCAGUGAGCUGUAGCUUCAAUGGUUUUGUGAAGACGUAGUUCCUAGUAUAUGAAAGUACAACAGAUAGAUUUAAGUCAGUUUACCAUAGGAGAAUAGGUAGUCCAAGUUUUCAUAAUGAGACUUGUUCAUUAGCAUUCCUUCCAGAGGCCCUUUAGUGUUGUCAGUAUAUAACUAUUUUGUGAAGUUUCUCUUAGUUUAGGAAACUGAACUAUCCUGCUGUAUCUGUUUGUCUGGUUUUCAGUAAUAUUUAGAUAUCUAUGUUGGAAGGAUUAAUAAAAGGAGACAAGUUUCUCAAA